AUGGAACCAAGAAGCAAUGUGACUCACUUUGUCCUCCUGGGCCUCACUCAGAAUCCAAAGGAGCAGAAAGUCCUUUUUGUUAUGUUCUUGUUCUUCUACAUCUUGACCAUGUUGGGCAACAUGCUUAUUGUGGUGACUGUAACGUUUAGUAAGAUCCUGAAUUCGCCGAUGUACUUUUUUCUUGCUAGUUUAUCAUUUAUGGAUGUCAUUUAUUCCUCAUCUAUUUCUCCCAAACUGAUUUCAAGCUUGUUCUUAGGGAAAAAUACCAUAUCCUUCCAAUCCUGUAUGACCCAGCUGUUUACAGAGCACUUUUUUGGUGGAUCAGAGGUCUUCCUUCUGCUGGUGAUGGCCUAUGACCACUAUGUGGCCAUCUGUAAGCCCUUGCAUUAUCUGGUGAUCAUGAGGCAAUGGGUGUGUGUUGUGUUGCUGCUGGUGCUGUCCUGGGUUGGAGGUUUUCUGCACUCCAUUAUUCAGCUUAGCACUAUUUUCGGGCUCCCGUUCUGUGGCCCCAAUAUCAUUGAUCAUUUUUUCUGUGACAUGUACCCUCUGUUGAAACUGGUAUGUACUGACACCUAUAUCAUUGGCCUCUUAGUAGCAGCAAAUGGAGGACUGAUCUGCACUGUUGUGUUUCUGCUCUUGCUCGUCUCCUACGGAGUCACCCUGCACUCUCUGAAGAACCUGAGUCAGGAAGGGAGGCGGAAAGCCCUCCAGACCUGUGGUUCCCACAUCACUGUGGUUGUCUGCUUCUUUGUCCCCUGCAUUUUCAUGUAUGUGAGACCUGCUAAGACCUUCCCUAUUGACAAAUCUUUAAGUGUGUUUUAUACAGUCAUAACCCCCAUGCUGAACCCAUUAAUCUACACUCUGAGAAACUCAGAGAUGACAAAUGCCAUGAAUAAGCUUUGGAGAAGGAACAUGGUAUUUUAUGGUAAAAAAAGUGCAUCAUCCACCAUGAAGGGGGUCAUUUGA